UUGAUAUAGUUUAGGAGCGAAGAGGUGACAUAUCGCUUGAAGAGCAACUCCUACUUCCGUGUUGUCCCUCAAUGUAAAGCAGUCCUAUUACAGGAAGCUGUAGCCUAAUCUGUAGGGGUUAAUCCGCGCAGUUUACAGGUAUUUAACCAUCAAAGUCUUCGAAUGUUACAUUGUAUCGUUGAGCAACAUACGUUAGAAUCUAUAUCAAUGUUCGUGACAUUAGAAUCCACCGAGUAAUUUUUUUUUUUUUUUUUUAAAUACAUACAUAGUGUGCCCUUGAUCGACCCUCUUUCAAUGUAAUUUGAUGAAGUGAAGGAGCAGCGAUUUCGGAGAAUACGGACGAUAUAAGCUACAUGUAGCAAAACAGAAGAUUCAAUCGCUGCCCACGUCAGAGGAACUGCGGUACAUUAGCGGAAGAAUGCCAGCGGGUGUGUGUGGCUGCUGUGGACCCCUGAGGCCCAGGUACAAACGCCUGGUUGAUAACAUCUUCCCAGAGGACCCCAAAGAUGGCCUGUCCAAGUCAGACAUGGAGAAACUCACCUUCUAUGCGGUUUCAGCCCCGGAGAAGUUGGACAGGAUUGGGGCCUACCUGGCGGAGCGACUGAGCCGAGAUGUGGUCCGCCACCGCUACGGGUACGUGGUCAUCGCCAUGGAGGCUCUGGACCAGCUCCUGAUGGCCUGUCACUCCCAGAGCAUCAAGCCCUUUGUGGAGAGCUUCCUCCACAUGGUGGCCAAGCUGCUGGAGUCCCGGGAGCCAGACCUGCAGGUCUUGGGGACCAACUCGUUUGUCAAGUUUGCCAACAUCGAGGAGGACACACCAUCCUACCACCGGCGCUACGACUUCUUUGUCUCCCAGUUCAGCGCCAUGUGCCACUCAACCCACGAAGACCCUGAGACCAGAACCAGGAUCCGUGUGGCCGGUAUCAAAGGGCUGCAGGGCGUGGUGAGGAAGACGGUGAACGAUGAGCUUCAGGCCAUCAUCUGGGAGCCCCAGCACAUGGACAAACUCAUCCCCUCCAUGCUGUUCAACAUGCAGGAUGCCGAGGACCUAGACAGGGUGGGCCCACCCGGCACGCCUUCGGAGACAGGGCAGGAUGGUGAGGAAAACCCUGCGUCCCUGGCCGAGAGCUGCUUCAGAGAGCUGCUGGGAAGAGCCGCCUACGGCAACAUGAACAACGCCGUCCGCCCCGUACUAGUGCAUCUAGACAACCACCGGCUAUGGGAACCCAACGAGUUUGCAGUUUCCUGUUUCCGGAUCAUUAUGUACUCUAUACAGGCCCAACACUCCCACCACGUCAUCCAGCAGGUCCUGGGCCACCUGGACACGCACAACAAGAACACACCCCGCAUGAGGGCCGGCAUCGUGCAGGUCCUUCUCGAGACGGUUGCCAUAGCAGCCAAAGGCUCCGUUGGCCCUACGGUACUGGAGGUGUUCAACACCCUGCUCAAGCACCUGCGGAUGAGUGUGGACUUUGAGCUGGGUGAGAACUCCAGACGGAACUCCGGCGCCAGCGUGUCCUCGUCCGGACGGGUCAAGGAGAGCGAGGAGCGCAUCGUCCAGAACGCCAUCAUCCAGACAAUCGGGUUCUUUGGUGGCAACCUGCCAGACUACCAGCGUGCGGAGGUGAUGAUGUUCAUCAUGGGCAAGGUGCCCGUGUAUGGCACCCCCUGCCACACCCUGGACACUGUGAAGAUUGGGCACCAGGGCACCAAGCGUAUUCAGGCCAUGCUGCUGAGCUCGCUCAUCAUGGUGACCUCUGGUUUCAAGUCCAAGACCAUGGUGGCAGCGCUGCCCGCACCCUUCCUGGACCCACUCUUCUCCAUUUCACUCAUGGAGGACUGCGAGCUUCGCCAGUUGGUCCUUGAGAUCCUGCUUAACAUCAUCGAUCGCCACGACAACCGCGCCAAGCUGCGGGGCAUCAGGAUCAUUCCUAAUGUGGCGGCCUUGAAGAUAAAGAGGGAGAAGAUAUCGAAACAAGACGUUGGGUUCAUGAAAAAGCAUGGGCAGCAGCUGUACCGUCACAUCUACCUGGGCUGUAAGGAGGAGGACAACGGUCACAAGAGCUUUGAGCUGCUCUUCACUACCCUGGCCGUGCUCACCAUUGAACUGGCCAAUGAGGAGGUGGUGGUGGACCUCAUCAGGCUGGCUCUUGCCCUGCAGGAUAUGUCCUUGGCUAAUGAGGAGAACAUGCCCAUGGUCAUCCGUUGUGGCAUCAUGGCACUGGUGGCGGCCUACCUGAACUUUCUUAGUCAGAUGAUCGCCAACCCAGCCUUCUGUCAACACGUCAACAAGGUGAUUGAGAUGAGGAACCUGGAGGCCCCUUACCUCCUCCCUGAGCACAUCUUCAGAGAGAAGUGUCCGCUUCCAAAUUCUCUUGAGAAGGAAGAUCGGAGCCUGUAUUUCCAGACGGUCGACCUCGCGGAGUGCCUGGUCGGCCCAGGAUACAACGCUGAGCGUCUCUCAAUCCCCUACGUCCCCCAAGUGACAGAUGAAGACCGCUUCACCAGAAGAAAGAGUUUGGUUGACACCAUUUCUCUUCAAGUGGAUUUCCCUUCCGAUAGCCUACCAGACAAGUCACCGCUGGCUGAGGAGAUCACCUUCGAGACUCUGAAAAAGGCCAUUGAAACCACAGGGUUGGAGGAGCAGGAGAAGGAGAAGAGGCGCCAGGUCAUGGAGAAGUUCCAGAAGGCUCCAUUUGAGGAGAUUGCCGCCCACUGCGAGUCCAAGGCCAAUAUGUUACAUGACAGACUGGCGCAAAUCUUCGAGCUCACUAUCCGGCCCCCUCCCAGCCCCUCUGGAGUGGUGUCUAUCUCUGCGGGCCACGCUCAACACCAGUCUGUCCCUGUCUACGAGAUGAAGUUCCCCGACCUGUGUGUCUACUAGAUCAAAGACCACGCCUUGUACCCUCAACCCUAACCCUGACCACUAACCAUACCCAGACCUGUGUGUCUACUGGAGCAAAGACAACCACAUAGCCCUUACCCUAACCACUAACACAGUGUACCCUCAACCCUAACCACUAACCAUACUCAGACCUGUGUGUCUACUGGAGCAAAGACAACCACAUAGGCCUUACCCUAACCACUAACGCAGUGUACCCUCAACCCUAACCCAUUUCCUAACCCCUUCAGAUCUGCGUGUCUAUCAAAGCAAAAACAGUGGCAGGAUAGAACCACUAAAACCCUAUAUCCUCAACCCUACCCCCUAAGUCUGCUCCUUAGCCCUAUACCAGAUAUGUCAGCUACAGCAAAGACUAGCUGCGGCACUAAGCCCUAAUACUAUAUUUCUUAACACUGCACAUUGUUCCUGCCCCUCCUCAGACUAAUGUGUCUAUUACCAGAUGAGAUGGCUGUAGUUUCCAGUCACACAGGCUACACAAACGUGAACGUGCGCGCACACACACAUUCGUAGUUAUAGUCUAAUCAAUUAGCUGUGGUGUGUUGGCUUAUACACUUGGAAAGUGGAGAUGUCAUAGAAUAUCGAAAAGUGAACAUUACUGGAGGCACCUUGUCGUUUCAAAGAUACCAUCGCGCUUGCUAGCAAAGAGAUUUGUGGUGGCUAAUUAACAGUAAAUAAGUGAAUUGUUUUGCCUCACAGUUAGCCAAGAGGCUUACUACCUAGCCAGCUAAACUUGUUUACAGUUAGUUAGCAAUCGUUUCAAAACUGUUUUGCUAGCAACAUAGUGCUGCCGUGUUAAUUAUAACCGGUCUCACAAAAUGUCUCUCCAGUUGUUUACAUUUGACCAUUGUGACGCACAUGCAUGUGUAUCCAUGCAUUUCUGUGCAUAUUAGAGAAAAGUAAUUUUAGCGGCCCCUGUGAUAAACCACAGUGCUGUAGAAAGCUAAUACCUUGUUGUUGUUUUUUAAAUGUCCCAAUUGAAUGAAAACCAAUUUGUAUAUGUUAAUCUGUGUGAAAGGACAAGGCGAAUUUCAGGUAGAACAUUGAGUGUCUUGGAAAUGUGUAAAUUCUAUUCUGGAUUAUUUGGGAAUAGACAUCUUGGUGGAUUGCGCAGGGUUCUUUGUUGCAGGUCCAUUAUGGCAGUGUUUCAAAAAUGUUUGAUAUGAGACCAGGCUAGUAACGUGGUAGUAACCCCCCCCCCGUUAUGUUAUGGUCUUGACUUGUGGUUCCUUCCAUAGGAAUCCAGUCACCACUGUUCAAAACCUACUGAAGUCAUGCCCUUCAGGACCUGUACUGAGGAAUGGUAUUGUCGACCAACUAACGCUAAUAGAAAAGCAAGCAGUCGGUUACUGAAGGCACCAUGUCAUUUAGUUGAUAUAUUGAUCGUUUAGGAUGAUAUGGCAGCCAAGUGCAUUCACCUUUUUUGGUGUUAAUUGAUGUGUUCAGGCAGUUGUACUGGACACUCCCUUCACCUCCGCGUAUCUUUUUCAUAGCACUUUCACAAUAUGGUACAAAAACAUUUCGUUCUUUUUAUCACACCGUCUUGACAAGAUUCGUGCGAAGGCUAUUAAGUCGUCUUUUUCUUCUCGACCCCUCUCACCGAUGCCGAGCACAAUACAAGUAUUCUAACGCAAUGGACUUUGGAUAGUUGCAUCUAUUUUCUCGUAAGGCAUUUAACAUGAACAGUUAGAGAUUUUUCAUUGUUGAUGAUCACAUUUCAAAUCUCUGUCGUUUCUCUUUCCAGUAAUUUGAUAUGACGUGUUGGUUUGAUAUCACAAUGCGUCAAAUAACUAUAGAUACAGUAUAUACAAUGUUAUGCUUAUUGCUAUAGGCCAGAUGUUUAUGUGCAGUAUAAUUGGUAUUGUUCACAUGGGUUUCAUAGCUUGCAGCUAGCUUCCUGUGGAUAUGUGUCAUGAUGAUUUGUCUUGAUUUAGUAUUGAUUGUUAUUUAGAGUAUGUGGGCAAAUAUAAUCGAGAGGGUUCACCAAUAUCGUUUCCCAACUUACCUGGCAGGACAAGAUCUGUCAUAACUCUGUUGGCCAUCUAGAAUACCAAAACACUUUCAUCUUUACCAAAGAAUCCAUUUGCCACGGCCCCCCACCCGUCCCCUCCCUCCCUCUAACGUCUUAAUAACGAUGUCACUCAACAUUUUGUUUCCGAGGGAACCAAAUAUCUGUCUGUGUGCUGUUUGGCGCUCGCCACUGGGCUGUUUCAUAACCCAGGUUGUUAUCUUACUUUACUAUUGUUACAUCCUGGCUUGGUGCGGGUGUCUCUCCUGUUUCCAGUGCUAUGGGAUGACGCAGACGUGCUGUGUGAAACGCUGCGUGAGUCAAGGAAAAAAGGUCCUCGAUUUGCGGUCGUCGGAUUAUAGCAGAUUAUUUUGGGAGGACCCAUCUAAGCAAAGGACCAUUCGGCGAAGGGGUGGGCGUAGUUCAGUCCGACAGAGGUUAGCGUCAGGGACGGAGUCUGCAGUCCUCCCAAACAAGACACUCUAAUAAUGAUUAUGAGGCUAUUUGAAAAGAGGCUUCAGCGAUAUAGGUGAUGUUGAGAUGGUUAAUAGUGUGGGGCUCAAGUUGAAGAACAGAGAGGCUAAAGUGAUGUUGGUUCUCAGUGAUGGCAUCCUGUUGUGCCUUCUGUAGCAGGAUAUUGCAGAACGUUGCUGUGGGUGGUUUUGUAUGUUCAAGGUGGUUUCAUGUUAAGCGGUAAAGUCUCGCUCAGCCAGGCUUUCAGUCUCAAGUAAACUGAGCCACUGAGAGACUUGAGUCCAGCUUGCGAGACUAGUGGAUCAAAAUUGGUUAGUAUAGUGAGGAAAGACGGCGGGCGAUUGUAAAUGGGAAUCACUAAGGCUUCUGAUAGCAGGGUUGGGGGAAUCGCUAAGGUGAUUGGGGGAAUCGCUAAGGUGAUUGGUGGACACUAGCUUCAUCCAUUUUUAAUUGGCUGGUGGCGGAAAAUGACCAUUUGGGAAGUAGCCUCUUUGAUUAUAUAUAUAUAUUUUUUUUACGUGGUAGCUAACGUGGUACUUUAUGACUCAGACCUAAGCCACUUGUGAAACAGAUAAAUAACACAUUCAGCACAGAUGAUUGGCCCUCAAACAUAGAUUUUUCCAAUUGUUUUUCAAUCGCGAUUGGGUUGUCGAGAUUGCUGCCUUAGCUAAGAAACCUUCGGGAAACUCACCCAAGAGCAACAUAAGUCAAUAAUGUUCGUCCAUAUCCAUUGUAGAAAGGAACAUUUUCAUUCUGUCUGAGACUUUUUUCUCAUUUUGACCUAAUAUGUAGAAAUGCCCCUAUUGAUGCAUAUAAUCUGAAGUCAUAUCAGAAAUGUGUAAUCUCAUUCAUGGCGAAGUGCAAUAUGUUUUCCUCUGUAUGAUUUAUAGGAUUGUUUUUCUUUUGCAACACGUACUGUCUUAUCUUGAACUGUGGUGUCACUUCAGAUAGCAUAUAGUACUAUGAGUUUAUCGAGAGGUUCAUUAUGAAAUAUCAAGUGUGUAUGUGUAACCUGUGGAAGUUAAGACAUGAGGAAUGUAGACCAUACAGCAUCAUUGACUGAGAUUGAGUGCCAGUCUGUUUUUUUUGCUGUCAUUCCGAAUUCCCUGUCACUCAUUGGCUUGACAAUGACUGCAAUGGAGUAGACAAGAGCACAAACAGGUCUGGGACUAGUCUAUCAUUUACUUUCUUUAUGCUGAAUUUGUCAAUAGUCUACUAUGGUAUGUUUUUUUUUUUUUAUAGAUAUUCAUCAUACGAGUGGCAUGUUGCCUGAUAGAAAAUGGGUUGGGAGCUAUAGUUCUUCUGUUUGUUGUUCAAAAUCAGCACUCCUCUUAACUUGAAACGGUGCGAUGGGAGACCACUGUUUUGGCUAAACCAGCCUUUUUUUUAAGUCUGAUGUAUUUUUGGUGUUUUGAGACGCCCCAGUGUGUGCUGGUUUUCCUUCUAAACAAAUCUACGAAAUCUUUUCCCGAAGGACAAAAUCCUGACAAAAGUUGGGUUAAUGCCAGAUACAAUUCAAUAUUCAAUAAGCAGCUCGAUUUAAGUCUUGUGUGGAUAAGGAGAUAAGUUUGCAUGAGAACCAGCAACCACAGGGGGGGUCUGAAGACCUGGUUUGACAAAGGCUUCGCUGUGGUGAAGAGGCUGCAGGGAUAUUGAGUCCAUUUUCUCUAUGUAUUACAAUGACGAGAUAGAGAAUAGUGAUUAUAGACUGAAAUUAACAAUUAACAAUCAUUUGAGCGACUGGUCAGCAAUGGCUACAAUUAAGCAUCAUUCUUAAAGCCCCAUGCAGUGUUUGUAAUUUAACAUCACUUUGUGUAAUAAAUAACUGUUUUUGUUGUUGUUGUUGUA